AUGAUAGGUUCAAGCUGUGGGGACUCAUCUUUUGUUAAUCGUGGAGUUGAUGAUGCUUGUUCAGUUGUUAGUGCUAAUGUUGUUUCUAACUCUAAUGAAGAAUCAGUGUCAAGUUAUUUGGUAUCCGCUGGUGGUCAAAGGUUGUAUGCUCCAUUCGACGUUCCUGAUGUUUCGAAACCUGUAAUUAAUCAAUUGUUUCAGAAUUUGGAACAGGGGUUUAUAUUUUACAAGGAGUAUAGUCGUUUAGCUGGUUUUGAUGUUAGGUUGGGGACUGAAAAGAAAGAUGAUUUUGGUAUAAUUAUUAUCAAAUAUUACACAUGUAGUAGAGAAGGUUCGAAUGAUUUUCGUAGUGUUUCAGACAGCACUGUCAGCAAAUGUAAGCGUAGGAGGACUUGUUCAACGAGAUGUGGAUGUCGAGCAAAGAUACUGUUGAAGCUUAAUAUGCAAAAACAAUACUUUGUUUUGAAAUUUGAUGAUUUACAUAAUCAUGCUUUGAUUGAUGAAUCUGGUAGGCAGUUUUUGAGGGCUAGUCGUGAAAUGAGUAUUAGUUCAAGAAAUUUUGUUUUUGAUGCGGGGAAAGUUAACAUUGGUUGUAGUAAAUCAUUUAGUUUGAUGAAAGAAAUGGUUGGUGGAUAUUCUAAUGUGGGAGCUACAUUGAGAGAUUUUAGGAAUUUCAAUCGUGAUUUGAAAGAGUAUGUUGGGGAAAGGGACGGUCAGAUGCUUAUUGAUAAAUUUGUAGGUUUACAGCAGAGGUCAAGUUCUUUCUAUUAUGCAUAUGAUCUUGAUGAAGCAGGGCUUUUGACAAAGCUUUUUUGGGCUGAUGCAAUUGGUCAGAGGAAUUUUGAUGUUUAUGGUGAUGCAGUUUCCUUUUAUGCAACUUUCGAUACAAAUAAGUAUAAUAUGAUUUUUGCUCCGUUUACCGGGGUUGAUAAUCAUGAUAAAUGUGUAACGUUUGCUGCCUGCCUCUUGUCAAGAGAAGAUGUUACACAUUAUACAUGGGCGUUUGAUCAUUUUUCUAAAGCCAUGGGGCAUCAUCCUGUUGUUAUUGUGACUGAUCAAUGUCCGGCUAUGAAGAUUGAUGUUCCUUCUUCAUUUGGUUCUAAAGAUGGAUUGAUUGCGAGUAAACACCGUUUGUGCAUGUGGCAUAUUAUGCAAAAAUUCCCUAUAAAGCUUGGGAAUCGCUUAUGUAAAGAAACUGAUUUCAUGGAGAAAAUGAAAAGAUAUAUAUGGUCAUCACAUUUGGAGAUUGAUGAAUUUGAACAAGGUUGGGAGGCAGUUAUCAAGGAAUUCAAUUUAGACAAUAACAAGUGGUUGUCUGAUAUGUAUGAUAUUAGGUGUUCGUGGAUUCCUGCAUUUUUUUAG